ACGACGCGUGUGCCCGCGGUGAAAGUAAUUCCGGCUUCCCAGUGUUCCAGUUCCGAAGUGCAGUGCAGUGCAGUGAUGAGUGCCUCCGGGAAGAGUCUUCUGGGCCUGUGGCUCUACAGGAGCGGCGAGAGCGAGUGGGCCGUCAAGCAGGGCAGUCCGCUGCACCAGCUCAAAAAGGAUACAGCAUCGACGGCCUCCGGCUCUUCGGGCUCAGCUCCGCCACACUUGACUCUGUCGCGUCACUCCUCAGCACCGCCAGAGCCACCCCGGCUGGCCAUCGGUGGCGUUGGACAGGAUCCUCCACGGCAGCACUCGCCUGGUGAACGCAUCUCCAUCAUCUUUACCCUGCGCAACCAGGUGGGUAACUUGGCCAGGGCUCUGCAGGUCUUCCAAGAGCUGGGCAUUAAUGUCUUGCACCUGGAGUUGUCGCCGCUGGAGAUGACCACCAACCAGGCGGAUGUUCUAGUGGAUGUGGAGUGCGAUCCCCGAAGGCUUGACCAGGUGGUGAAGAUGCUGAACAGGGAGGUGGCCUGCGUGAACUAUACGUCCGUGAAUACGCAGGGAUUGGCCAGGGCUCCGUCACUCUCAGCUUGCUCCAGUUUCGAUUUCGGUGACAUGGUGUGGUUCCCACGAAAGAUUUCCGACCUGGACAAGGCCCAAAAUGUCCUGAUGUAUGGCUCGGAACUGGAUGCCGACCAUCCGGGAUUCAAGGACCCGGUUUACCGCAAGCGCCGUGAACAGUUCUCGUCUAUAGCUAACAACUUCAAACAUGGCAAUCCCAUUCCCCGAGUGCAGUACACACCGGAGGAGGUGAAGACUUGGGGCACCGUUUUCUUGGAGCUGCACCGCCUCUACGUGUUGCAUGCAGUUCCAGAGUAUAUGGAAAAUUGGCCCGAGUUGGAAAAGUACUGCGGCUACCGUGAGGAUAACGUACCCCAACUGCAGGAUGUGAGUGUGUAUCUCAAGCGCAAGACGGGAUUUCAGCUAAGACCUGUGGCAGGAUAUCUGUCGCCCAGGGACUUCCUUUCGGGACUCGCAUUUCGCGUUUUUCACUGCACUCAGUAUAUACGGCACUCUUCGGAUCCCUUCUACACUCCCGAACCCGAUUGUUGCCAUGAACUUCUGGGCCACAUGCCUUUGCUGGCCAACUCGAGCUUUGCCCAAUUUUCCCAAGAGAUUGGGUUGGCCUCCUUGGGAGCCAGUGAUGCGGAUAUUGAAAAACUGGCCACUCUCUACUUUUUCACCGUGGAAUUUGGUUUGUGCAAGCAGGCGGACAGCUCUUUCAAGGUUUAUGGAGCCGGACUUUUGAGUUCCGUGGCCGAAUUGCAGCAUGCGAUUACAACAGAGGCGAAAAUCAAGAAGUUUGAUCCGGAGGUGACUUGCCAAGAGGAGUGCAUCAUCACAUCCUACCAGAAUGCAUACUACUACACGGACUCAUUUGAAGAGGCCAAGGAGCAGAUGAGAGCCUUUGCCGACAGCAUUCAGAGACCGUUUGGUGUGCGGUACAAUCCCUACACCAUGAGUGUCGAGGUCUUGUCCAAUGCCCAGAAAAUCACGGCAGUGGUCAGCGAGUUGAGGGGUGAUCUCAGCAUUGUUUGCUCUGCUCUGCGUAAGAUCUCCGCCACGGAUGAGAACCUGGAUGUGGACAGUAUUGCCAACAUGUUGCACAAUAGCCUAAAUGUGCGAGGUGGAGCUUCAGGGGGAGGCGGAAGUCCCUGCAGUCCGGAUAACUCUGAUAACUCCACGGCAGAGGGGGACUAGGCCCGGAAAGGAACGUAUAACGAAAGGCUUAAAUCUGGAAGAGACUCUUGGGACCACAGAACAGUAUAAUUCGUUUGGCAUUUUAAGAAAAAACAUAUUUAAAUUAAAUACAUUUUCUUAUAGAGAAAUAAACUUGAUUAAAAUGUUAGAAGUUAAAUAUUUGGAUUCAGAAAUAGAUCAGCAAAGGUUCAAACAUUAUUUCAACACACUUAUAAAUUAUCUUCCGUUUUCUAAUCAUUUCUAUAAAUUUCUAAACCCUCCAUCCUCCUGCCAAGCGAAUUAUACUGUCACCUUUUUGAAUAUACACGUAUCCAUGUCUAUGUCUAGCAGUUGUUUAUUCAAAUCUUAACGCUAUGUUAAAACUAAAAAAUUAGAACUAAACAAUAAAUUCGCAACCUCUCGGUGUA